ACCAGUCUGCUGGCCGGCCUCACCCUUUCCUCUCCGUGCUCCCGCCCUGAAACUGAAGCCCUGGGGGGGAGACUUCCGGGCCUGCCUCUGCAGAGGGCGUUGGGUGGGCUUGCGGUUGACAUCCUUGUGCGGCCUUCUCAGCUUCGCCGGUGGGUUGGACACACAGACUUAAUUCGCCACAACUAACUGCAGAGACAUCGACAAAUGCUUUCUGAAGGACAAAGCGCUGGGAAGGAGGGAGACGCUUUUGACUUGUAGCAGUUCCCGCCUACUCCCUCUUCUUCCAGGUCAGGGGGGUGUGACUAAAAGAAAGAAGAAAGCGAAUUUUGCAGGCGUUCCCACACCUUCCUCAGUUUAUUAGUAGGAACUUUGAAUUUUCGAGGUUGUACCUACCCUGGGAACCCCUCCUCCAACUCUGAGAAAUCUUUUCGUCCGAGUUUUCACUACCGAGUCUCACAAACAAGUUCGUUGCACUUCUGAUGCCUGAAAAAUCCUGCAGAGAGGGGAGUUGGAGACUAGUAGAAGCAGCAAAGCUUAAAUCCCCGGGUCCCUUCUGAAGAAGGACAAUUCCAUACCUUCCAAAGUCCGCUGCCAAAUAUCAGUUAUUUUGAACCUAACGCCAGAGCUUCGUUUGCUCUCUUUUCCCCAUUCACGAGGGCACCGGACAACCAAGAGUUAUGGAGAAGCGCCUGCAGGAGGCUCAGCUAUACAAGGAGGAAGGGAACCAACGCUACCGGGAAGGGAAGUACCGAGAUGCUGUGAGUAGGUACCAUCGAGCUCUGCUUCAGCUGCGGUGUCUGGACCCAAGUCUGCCUUCCCCGAUACCUAACCUAGGACCUCAGGGCCCAGCUCUAACACCUGAGCAAGAAAACGUACUACAUACCACCCAGACAGACUGCUACAACAAUUUAGCUGCCUGCCUCCUUCAGAUGGAGCCAGUGAACUACGAACGAGUGAGGGAAUACAGUCAGAAAGUCCUGGAACGUCAGCCUGAUAACGCCAAGGCCUUGUACCGGGCUGGAGUGGCCUUCUUCCAUCUGCAGGACUAUGACCAGGCUCGGCACUACCUGAUGGCUGCUGUCAAUAGGCAGCCUAAAGAUGCCAAUGUUCGGCGGUACCUCCAGCUGACACAGUCAGAACUCAGCAGCUACCACAAGAAAGAGAAGCAGCUAUACCUGGGCAUGUUUGGUUAAUAA